GUUGUAUGGGCAUCUAUCUAGACGCCAUAGAUGCGGUGCCAGACAAGGACACGAUUGUCGGCUCCCGUCACGCCUUCAUGAUGACUGUCCUGGACAAAAUGCUGGACCAUUUACAGACGGUUGAUCUGGCCAAGGUCAAGGGCGCACUGGAGCGGCGCCAUAUUUGUGAUGGCGUGAUUCUGGAGGGGUUCCGAAACGGCUGCAUUCUCGCCGUAACAUUUGACACAGCAGUCGCCGUAGAGGGUCUCUGGAACCUGCAUGACCAAAGUCACCUUACACCUACCUGCCAGGAGAUUCUAGUCGAUAAAGCGUUGCUAAGGGCUACAGGCACAAUCAAGUUGACCCUCAGGGCUAAGCUUUGGAAAGAUGAAUAUCAGAAUUGCCUGCAGGAAAUGGCGCUAAGAUCUCCCGCCAGAAAACAACUUGGAUGUUUCGAACGUGACCUUGACAUGGUGAAGAGGGUCAAAGAACAUCAAAAGGUUAUGCCGGAAAUUAUCGUUCAAGCUCGAGACCUGGAGAGCAACUUUGAGCACAGCCUGGGCGAGUUCAUGCUGGUCGUCAAACGAACACUGCCCGGAAGUGCAACAGUUGUGCGCAACCUCCGAGAAUUCUGCGCAGACAUGAAGCAGGCGCGGGAUUCCAAGAAGGCAGAGUUUGAAUCCGUUGAUCAAUAUUUAGAGACUCUGGACUUCUUUAGGCAUGCCUUCACGGUAGUUGAGGAAAACAUCAUACAUCCCCUUUGUCAAGUACGAGCACUCUGUGAGAAAGACACGCAGCAGAAGUUGAAGAAAUCCAUCAAGGAGGCAUGCUCAGAAAUGUUGACGAAGCUGAAACCCGACUCAGACCUCCAGAAAGUCCGUCAUAAAGAAUGGGAGAUGAAGGUUUUGCCUCGCGAGCAAAGUUUGUUCCUUGGGUUGAUCAGCCUAGUGCCCAUGUGUUUGGACAGACUGACCACUAUUGACUUCAACACUGAUGAGUACGUCAUGGAUUUUCCGGAAAUGUCUUCAUGGUGA